CAAUCGACGGACCCCGGUUGGUCAAGCACUACUCAACAAACCCAGUUGAGUCGUGGAAAACCCUAACCAAACGGACCCAAUCUUGGGUUAGUUCGGUAUGACCUUGUCCCUAUCGUCGACCCACCCAACUCGCACCACCCAAUUCGGGGUACUUUCUCGGGUUCAGAUCUUCUCCCGAUAGAGCUCGAACAAACCCUACCGGACCCUCCGACCGGACUCUGCGAAGAUCCACGAAGACAGAGGAGCAUCUGCGGCAAAAUUUCUAUCGUAUCGUAUCUGAUGUGCAGGCUUGUUUAACCUCAAGUCCACGCAAUGGAAAUGCCAAAUGAAUCAGUUAUUAAGAAGCCAAAGAGGUUGACAUCUGUCGUAUGGAAUCACUUCGAGAGGGUUAGAAAGGCUGAUAUUUGUUAUGCCGUUUGUGUGCAUUGUAAUAAGAAGCUUAGUGGAUCAAGUAACAGUGGAACAACACACCUGAGAAAUCAUUUAAUGCGUUGUCUGAAAAGAUCGAAUUAUGAUGUGUCUCAACUGCUUGCAGCAAAGAGGAGGAGAAAAGAAAAUACCAAUACCCUUAGCAUUGCAAAUAUCAGCUUUGACGAAGGGCAAAGAAAAGAUGAAAAUAUUAACUCUUCUGCUCUUAAGUUUGAGCAAGAGCCGAAAAAAGAUGAAACCAUCAACCUGGGAAGUAUUAAGUUUGACCAAGAGCAAAGUAGACAGGAUCUUGUUCACAUGAUUAUAUUACAUGGUUAUCCCUUGGCCAUGGUUGAACAUAUUGGAUUCAAGGUCUUUGUUAAGAAUCUUCAGCCAUUGUUUGAUUUCCUGCCAAAUGGUGCCAUUGAGCUUGAUUGUAUGGAAAUUUAUGAGAAACAGAAACAGAAAUUGUAUGAAAUGAUAAAUAAAUUGCAUGGCAGAAUUAAUGUUGCUGUUGAUGUGUGGACUUCACCUGAAAAUUCUAGGUACUUGUGCUUGACAGUGCACUACAUUGACAGGGAUUGGAAACUGCAUAAGAAGAUACUGAAUUUUGUUACGCUUGAUCCUUCUCACACUGAAGAGACUCUUUCAGAAGUUGUUAUUAAGUGUCUGAUGGACUGGGAUGUUGACUAUAAACUAUUUUCCUUGACAUAUGAUGAUUGUUUCACCAAUGAUGAUAUUGUCCCUGGAAUAAAAGAGAGGAUCUCUCAAAACAGGCGUCUUUUGAGUAAUGGUAAAUUAUUUGAUGUCCCUUGUGCUGCACGUGUUCUGAGGUUAAUUGUUCAAGAUGCCAUUGAAGCACUAAGAGAGGUAGCCCACAAGAUUCGAGAAAGUAUAAGGUAUGCCAAAAGCUCACAUGGAACAUUGGGAAAAUUGAACGAGUUUGCUCAACAAGCUGGUAUUGAUUGUCAAAAGAGCUUAUUUCUUGAUUGCCCUGGUCGAUGGAACUCAACCUAUCUUAUGCUUGAAACAGCCUUAGAAUACAAGGAUGCAUUUUCUCUAUUGAAAGAGCAUGAUUCUGCCUACACAACAGCUCUAUCUGAUAAAGAAUGGGAAUGGGCGAGUUCCAUUACUGGUUACUUAAAACUUUUCGUUGAAAUCACUAAUGGCUUUGCAGGAAACAAAUGCCCUACUGCAAAUAUAUAUUUUCCUGAGAUUUGUGAUGUUCAUAUUCAAUUAAAUGAUUGGUGCAAGAGCCUUGAUACUUUUAUGAGUUCUAUGGCAUUGAAGAUGAAAGAAAAAUUCGAUAAAUAUUGGAGCAAAUGCAGUUUGGCUUUGGCAGUAGCAGCCAUCUUAGAUCCCCGAUUCAAGAUGAAGUUGGUAGAGUAUUACUACACCCAGAUUUAUGGUAGUAGUGCUCCUGAUAGAAUCAAGGAUGUUUUUGAUCGUGUGAAGGAACUUUUCAAGGCAUAUACUGUCUGCCCAGCCUCGGUUUCAGUUGAUCAAGGUUCGGCUUGGCCUGGCGGUGCCUUCCCCGGUAAUAAUAAUGACACAAGGGAUAGACUGAAAGGUUUUGACAAGUUCCUCCAUGAGACCUCCCAAAGUCAAAGCAUAAUAUCAGACUUGGACAAAUAUUUGGAGGAACCAAUCUUUCCUCGUAACUUUGAUUUCAACAUAUUAAAUUGGUGGAAAGUCCACACGCCCAGGUACCCUGUCUUGUCUAUGAUGGCACAUGAUGUUCUUGGGAUUCCCAUGUCAACUGUUGCAUUGGAGUCAGUCUUCAGUGCUGAAGGCAGAGUUCUUGAUCAUCAUCGGAGUUCACUGAAUCCAGAUACUCGGCAGGCUUUGAUAUGUGCACAUGAUUGGUUGCGCGUGGAUUUAGAGGAGUCCAAUCUGCCCUCCAGCCAUUCUGCUAUAUCCCAGUUCAGUGGAACAAAUUGAUACGUUCACAGUAUGUUUUUCUUCAUUUACAAUUUGAGGUUCCUAGAAUGUCCAAACUAUGCCUAAUUUUCUUUUUUCAAUUAUGGUAAUCUACUUACUUGUUUUCUUGGUUUUGUUAUACAAGGUUGGUGGAUUACUUGCAAAGCUGGAGUGGAAUUGUUGAAUAAACCGUUGUUUUAGUUUGCUUGUCCAUAUAUUACACUCCGAGGAAGAGGCUAAUUGCUUACAGUUUUUUUAUGAAGAAGCUUAAAUGUAAAUUUUAGGAUUGCUAAUUGAUCGUCAUAAAGGACCCUCUGUUUUACCCUUUUGUUGAUAGGCAUCAUUGAUAAUGUCAUUUCGCAUGCAAGCUUGGAACUUUUUUGGUAGUAAUAGAUGAGUGCUUUGGAAGUGGCUGCUUGGAAGAAUUACUUCUAUAACCACUGUUUGAAUAA